AUGCCCUACAAGGAGAGGAAGCGCCAAUAUGCGGCACUCCGACGUGCAAUCUUGAAGAAGAACAAUCCAGCUUUGACGGCCAAGUUCUCUUUGUGUUCUGAUGGGGAUCGGUUUGGGAUGCUCAAAUCGUUUCUCGUUAAUGAAGGAGUGGGGGCGAUCGAAAUCGAAGAGCGCUUCCAAACCUUCGUCAACAAUUUGCGGUCUGACCGCUACGUGACAGUCACGAUUUUCCAACUGGAGAAACUCUAUGGCACUUCCGAAGAGGCAAAAGCCUUUAUCGAAUCCCUGAUCAAGGGCCGCUUGGCUUAG